UCGUGAAAUGGCGAUACUGCUUAGUGUGUCCGACAAAGUCAGUUCGAGUCCGUCACUCGCCUAGUAUACAUACAUUCAUUGUGUUUACACGUUAUCUCGAUCAGUCAAUUUCGACUUUUCUCAAAAAGCGAGAUCUUGGCAGAUAAGUGCAUUACAACGUAGAAAUGCCGUCGUUAAAAAUUUUUCGCAUCGAAUUUGAUCGACCGGACGGUAUUUACGUGCCCGGUGAAAUUGUCAGUGGUAACGUUAUCAUUGAUCUGGCUAACGAGAAAAUCGUUAGAGCACUGAAAUUAUUCGCUAAGGGAGAAGCUACUGUUAGUUGGAGUGAAAGUACAAGCUCAACAGAUGCUGAUGGAAAUUCAAGAUCUGACACAACUUAUUAUGAUAAAACAGAGAAUUAUUUUAAUUUCAUUAUUCCUCUUUUGGAAAGAACAGAAGACGAUGGGAAAGUACACAUUCCCGUAGGAUUAAACAAAUACUCUUUUCAUAUCAAAUUACCCUGCAACAUACCAUGCAGUUUCGAGCAUGUCGAUGGUCAUAUCAGAUAUACGAUAAAAGCUGUUAUCGAUAGGCCAUGGAGAUUCAAUCACGAGUGUAAAGCUGCGUUUACUGUGAUCACAGCUUAUGACUUAAAUAUGCGUCAUCAGCAAUGCAUCGGUAUAUGUGAUGAGUUAAGCAAAAAUUUCUCUAGCCUCUGCUGUUUCGACGAUGGCUCGAUGAAUGUGCGUAUUAAAAUACCAACGACAGGAUUCGUUCCGGGACAAUGGAUCGAGACGACUCUCGAAUUAAAAAAUAUUACCAAUUUGAAGAAAAUCUCGGCUAAAUUAAUGCAGUCCAUCGAUCUUCACGCAACGACGGCCAAGAAGCGGUGUUAUUCAACCGUGGCAUUAAUGGAAAAUAGCGAACCAUUUGCUAAAUAUGAUGUUAUCAUGUCACGAUUAUAUAUUCCACCAAUACCACCUUCGGAAUUGGAAUUCUGCAGUAUAAUUCACCUGAAUUAUAUUCUACAGAUCACAUUUUACGUUUCAGGAAUGCAUUGCAACAGCACUAAGAAGUAUCCGGUUUUAAUCGGAACAAUACCGCUGCGACCUGCACCAUCCGCGCCUGAAAUUUCGCCUUCUCCACAUGAGCCUCAAUUUAUAUCGAAAAACAAAAUCAUGCCAAUGCCUUCAGAACUUGAUAUAGCAUCAAUUACGUCUUAUCCAGACUCACCGCCGACAAACGAUUCUUUUAAUGCACCUCCAUCAUACGAAGAAUGCUGCACGAACAAAGCGUAUAACAUCAAAGAUCAAGACGAAUCUAAUUACGUGCACGGUGCUGAUGAGCCCUUUGCGCCAAGAUAUCCGGUCUUUAAGUUCUCAACGCCAUAUUCACCUGAGAAGUAUUAAAUGAAAAUUAUGUGAUCUCAUAUAACUCCCCACAUAUCAGAUGAAACAUGUUUUCUUCUGAUAAUAAUAAGUUAUUUCCAUUUAAUUUAAAUUUAUGUGUAAAAUGUGUACAGGAAGGAAGUGAUUCAGAAAAUAAAGAAUUCAA